CGCCUUAGUGUGCUUCGUCUUUUGCUUACUUUGUAUUGCCUCCGUGGGUGGGUUGGGUAGAGUACCAGUACCGCUUCUCCUGCUUCAGAACCAAUCAACCUCUGAGCGCAUCUCACCCGCGCCCUUCACUGAAGCUCAACCAACCCAGCUCGCCCAAUAACAAUGUGGCCUUCACUCCCAGCAUACAGGAGCUUCGCCAAGAUAUCGUGUCCUUCAGGUGCCUCCUGCGCACUUCCUCACUGCAUUUUCGGUCAUGAUGCUGCUAGUUCACCUGACAGGUCGCCCUCACCCUCUCCGGUAGUAACCGUAUGUGGCCCUCAGACGGUUGCAAAGCACUCACAGCUUAAUGAAAAUGCACCUGGAGCCGCUCCUGCACCGAGGCAACUAGGCUCUAGCACUUCGGUCAAUCCAACCGUAUCCAAGGGCAAGGUGCCACCGACAAACAAAGAACCUGAACCAGCGCAACCUCUGGUGUCGAGAUUACCUGCCAAGGCGACUGUGCCUACUGAACUACCGCCAUCUGCCACCCGGACAAUAUCACCGCCUCCAUCUAAGGCUACAGCAGCCAAGCCAAUUGUUAAUCCCGACGCGCCAGUCGCUUUGAUGCCACGUAAACUCAAAAAAGAGCCAUCCACCUACGCUAGGAGAAUUACGCUUCUCAAGGCACUACACACGCAUAUGAAACCGCAAAACGAUAGACUUCUCAAAGCCACCAAACCGGAAAUAAAGGCGCUGCACCUCAGUCCAAAUCAGUUAAACAAAUUGGCAGUUGAUGAGGAAGAAAAGAUCGCCAUAGCAAACCCGUCUGUUUACGAGAACAUACUAAAACAGCGGCUAGUAAAGCUCAAGGGCAUGACACCAGAGGAGUGGGUCAAGGAGAGGCGAGCAGCCAUAGCUUUGGAGAAAGGUGAGCCGCCCAAGAAAGCGCCGCUUAAGAGGGUCGACACAGGCUUGAACUCGGAAGAAGAAAUCGCCUUUCUCCGCACACUCAAGUGCGAGCAAAAGGGAUUGGAUGCAUAUGGUUAUGUCACUCAGUUACCGAGUGAUGCCGAAGUGAACGAGACACGUUUGGCCCUCGAGUCAGCCGCUGGGUGGGAAGAAUGCGACCGCUGCAAAACCCGCUUUCAGGUGUUUCCGGACCGCAACGAACAAGGCGCGCUCACGACGGGUGGGGAAUGCAAGUACCAUUGGGGUAGAACCAUAUACCCCCAAAAGUCCAACGACGCCACAGAAGUGAAGAGGCUGUCAUGUUGUAGCGCGGAGGUAGGAUCGCCAGGCUGUAGUACGCAUGAAACCCAUGUCUUCAACGUCAAAGACACAAAACGGUUGUCUCUAGUCAUGCCAUUCAUUCAAACACCGGCAAACGACAAGGUUCCGAAGACUUCGGCUGUAUGCUUUGAUUGCGAAAUGGGCUACACCACCAAUGGCUUAGAGAUGCUUCGUCUUACCGUCAUAUCAUGGCCACAACACAAGCCACUCAUCGACGUCCUCGUCCGUCCAUUGGGCCAAAUACUGGACUUCAACACGCGCUUCUCUGGCAUCACGCGAGAUCAGUUUGUCAAUGCGAAGGAAUAUGAUCCGGCAAACCCUCAGCCAGUACGCAAAGACCUCCGCAUCGUCGACUCGCCGUAUGCAGCGCGAGAUCUCUUCCUCUUACACGUCUCUCCAGACACUCCUAUUGUAGGACAUGCGCUCGAAAACGAUCUCAACACUAUUCGCCUCAUACACCCCUUCAUCAUCGAUACAGUGCUCCUCUAUCCAACCCGCCAGGGCCUACCCUUCCGCUUUGGCUUACGCAAACUAGCCAAGGAGUACCUCGGCGAAGAGAUUCAGCAAGCGGGCGCCGCUGGUCACGACAGCUAUGAGGACGCGCGUACAACGGGCGAGUUAGUGAGACACAAGAUCAAAGUAGAGUGGAAGCUGAAAAAGAUCGAUGGCUUCGAAAUCAGAGAUGGCGGCGUGCACCCACCAAUGCCACCUGGGGCUCCCCCAUCACAGGUUCCAAAUAUGCGCCCGACGAUACCAACGGCAGAUAUGACAGGGUCGAUGGGCGCGAAGCCGGCCACUAAGAGGAAGCUGGAAGAUGAAGGAGAGGAAGGCAGCGGUGAAGAGCCGCCGUUGAAGAAAGUGGAGGCUUAG